AUGAGGAGGUUUUGGAACAUUAAUGUUAGUAUUUUCCGUUUGAUUUUAAUCGUGGUACUGAUGUUAUCAGUUGGAGACACACACGAACGAAAAAUUGGCCCGCCUGUAGGUUCAAUUGAUGUUUUUGGUCCUGGAGCAUCAGGAAGCGUUGGCCCUCUUAUAGUUUUUUCUGAUGUUUUUGGUCCUGGAACAUCAGGAAGUGUUGGCCCUCCUGUAGGUUCGUCUGAUGUUUGUGGUCCUGGAGCAUCAGGAAGCGUUGACCCUCCUAUAAGUUCGUCUGUUGUUUCUGGUCCUGAAACAUCAGGAAGCGUGGGCCCUCAUGUAGGUUCGUCAACUGUUUCUGGUCCUGGAACAUCAGGAAGCGUUGUCCCUCCUGUAGGUUCGUCUGAUGUUACUAGUCCUAGAGCAUCAAGAAGCGUUGGCCCUCCUAUAAUUUCGUCAGCUGUUGAGGGUCCUGGAGCAUCAGGAAGUGUUGGCCCUCCUAUAGUUUCAUCUGAUGUUUUUGGUCUUGGAACAUCAGGAAGUGUUGGCCCUCCUAUAGUUUCAUCUGAUGUUUUUGGUCUUGGAACAUCAGGAAGCUUUGGACCUCCUGUAGGUUUGUCUGAUGUUUGUGGUCCUGGAGCAUCAGGAAGCGUUGGCCCUCCUGUAAGUUUGUCAGUUAUUUCUGAUCCUGGAACAUUAGGAAGCAUUGGCCCUCCUAUAGGUUCGUCAGGUGUUUCUGGUUUUGGAGCAUCAAGAAGCGUUGGCCCUCCUGUAGGUUCAUUUGUUGUUUCUGUUUCUGGUCCUGGAGUAUCAGGAAGUAUUGGCCCUCCUAUAAUAUCAUCUGCUGUUUUUGGUCAUGGAGUAUCAGGAAGUAUUGGCCCUCCUAUAGUUUCAUCUGGUGUUUUUGGUCAUGGAACAUCAGGAAGCGUUGGCCCUCCUGUAGGUUUGUCUGAUGUUUGUGGUCCUGGAACAUCAGGAAGCGUUGGCCCUCCUAAAGGUUCGUCUGUUGUUUCUGGUCCUGGAGCAUCAGGAAGCGUGGUCCCUCCUGUAAGUUUGUUUGCUGUUUCUGAUCCUGGAGCAUUAAGAAGCGUUGGCCCUCCUGUAGGUUCGUCUGCUGUUUCUGGUCCUGGAGCAUCAGGAAGCGUUGGCCCUCCUAUUGUUUCGUCUGAUAUUUCUGGUCCCGGAGCAUCAGGAAGCGUUGGCCCUCCUAUUGUUUCGUCAGCUGUUUCUGGUCUUGGAGCAUUAGGAAGCGUUGGACCUCCCUUAGUUUUGUCAGCUGAUUCUGGUCCCGGAUUAUCAAGAAAAAUUGGCCCUCCUGUAGGUUUAGUUGCUGUUUUUGGUCCUGAUUCUCAGGCUGCUGGUUCCGCUGCAACUUUGGGUAUUGAGGGUCUUUGGCAUUUACGUUGUUGGCUCUGGGUCUAG